AUGCGCUCCUCUUUCUCACUGUGCCUACUAGGCUUCACCGCAUCGAUAGUGGCAGCCACACAAUCAGUCACUGCACAGCAAGAUGGGACUGCCCUCGGCGAGACCGUUCAUCACGCUCGACCAGAAGCCAGUACGCCGGUGACAAACCUGCAAGGCGCUUACCCAGCAGUCGUCAUUAAAGGGACACCAGCUGUCACAAUCGCCGAUCACGCAAAAAGAAAAGGCGGCGACACCGAACGUUAUAUGAUGGUUCCAGAUGACUCGAAACUCAGAGUGCAGGCCGACGUUGAGAAGAUGACAAUGAAAAAUGUUCACGCAAUCAACAAAAGAGCCUCCGGAAGCGAAGCAUCAGGACAUGCUGGCCCAGGAAAUAUUGGCACCGAUAAUGUUGGUGCUGGAAAUACUGGUGUUGAUAACAUUGGAAUUGAUAAUACUGGCGCCAGCAACACGGGCACCAACAACGAUGGGUCUAGUAAUACUGGAACCAGUAACACCGGCACCAGCAACAGCGGUACUAGUAACAACGGCUCUAGCAACACUGGCACCAGCAACACCGGCACCAGCAAUUCUGGGACAAGCAACACCGGCACCAGCAACAGCGGCACCAGCAACACUGGCACCAGUAACACCGGCACCAGCAACAGCGGUACUAGUAACAACGGCUCUAGCAACACUGGCGCCAGCAAUUCUGGCACCAGCAACACCGGCACCAGUAACACUGGCACUAGCAACAGCGGUACUAGUAACGACGGCUCUAGCAACACUGGCACCAGCAACAGCGGCACCAGCAACACCGGCACCAGUAACACUGGCACCAGUAACAGCGGCACCAGCAACACCGGCACCAGCAACAGCGGUACUAGUAACAACGGCUCUAGCAACACUGGCACCAGCAACACCGGCACCAGCAAUUCUGGGACAAGCAACACCGGCACCAGCAACAGCGGCACCAGCAACACCGGCACCAGUAACAGCGGCACCAGCAACACCGGCACCAGCAACAGCGGUACUAGUAACGACGGCUCUAGCAACACUGGCACCAGCAACACCGGCACCAGUAACACCGGCACCAGCAAUUCUGGGACAAGCAACACCGGCACCAGCAAUUCUGGGACAAGCAAUAGCGGCACCAGCAACACCGGCACCAGUAACAAUGGAGCCGGCAAUACUGGUGCAGGGAACAACGGCAGCGAUAAUAGCGGCUCUGGUAACUCUGGUGCUAGCAACACUGGAUCCAACAACACCGGCUCCAGCAACUCAGGGUCUGGCAACUCAGGAACUACCAACACCGGCUCUGAUAAUACCGGCUCUGCAAACACUGGAUCUGGCAACUCAGGAACUGCCAACACCGGUUCUGCCAAUUCAGGCUCUGCCAACACCGGCUCAUCCAACACCGGCUCAUCUAACACCGGCUCAUCCAACACCGGCUCAUCUAACACCGGCUCAUCCAACACCGGCUCUGAUAAUACCGGCUCUUCCAACACCGGCUCUGAUAAUACCGGCUCUGCCAACACCGGCUCUGCAAACACCGGCUCUUCCAAUUCAGGGUCUGCCAACACCGGCUCUGCUAAUUCAGGGUCUGCCAACACCGGCUCCGCCAAUACAGGGUCUGGUAAUACCGGCUCUUCCAACACCGGCUCUGCGAACACCGGCUCUGCGAACACCGGCUCUGCGAACACCGGCUCUGAUAAUACCGGCUCUGCAAACACUGGAUCUGGUAACUCAGGAACUACCAACACCGGCUCUGCCAACACCGGCUCUGAUAAUACCGGCUCUUCCAACACCGGCUCUUCUAACGCCGGUUCUGCCAACACCGGCUCUGCCAACACCGGCUCUGAUAAUACCGGCUCUGCAAACACUGGAUCUGGCAACACCGGCUCUUCCAAUUCAGGGUCUGCCAACACAGGCUCUGCCAACACCGGCUCUGAUAAUACCGGCUCUUCCAACACCGGCUCUUCUAACGCCGGUUCUGCCAACACCGGCUCUGCCAACACCGGCUCUGAUAAUACCGGCUCUGCAAACACUGGAUCUGGUAACUCAGGAACUGCCAACACCGGCUCUUCCAACACCGGCUCUUCCAACACCGGCUCUGAUAAUACCGGCUCUGCAAACACUGGAUCUGGCAACACCGGCUCUUCCAAUUCAGGGUCUGCCAACACCGGCUCUUCCAACACCGGCUCUGAUAAUACCGGCUCUACAAACACUGGAUCUGGCAACUCAGGAACUGCCAACACCGGCUCUUCCAAUUCAGGGUCUGCCAACACCGGCUCUGCCAACAUCGGCUCUGAUAAUACCGGCUCUGCAAACACUGGAUCUGGUAACUCAGGAACUGCCAACACCGGCUCUUCCAAUUCAGGGUCUGCCAACACCGGCUCUUCCAACACCGGCUCUGAUAAUACCGGCUCUGCAAACACUGGAUCUGGCAACACCGGCUCUUCCAAUUCAGGGUCUGCCAACACAGGCUCUGCCAACACCGGCUCUGAUAAUACCGGCUCUUCCAACACCGGCUCUUCUAACGCCGGUUCUGCCAACACCGGCUCUGCCAACACCGGCUCUGAUAAUACCGGCUCUGCAAACACUGGAUCUGGUAACUCAGGAACUGCCAACACCGGCUCUUCCAACACCGGCUCUUCCAACACCGGCUCUUCCAACACCGGCUCUUCCAACACCGGCUCUUCCAACACCGGCUCUGCAAACACUGGAUCUGGCAACACCGGCUCUUCCAAUUCAGGGUCUGCCAACACCGGCUCAUCUAACACCGGCUCUUCCAACACCGGCUCUGAUAAUACCGGCUCUUCCAACACUGGAUCUGGCAACUCAGGAACUGCCAACACCGGCUCUUCCAAUUCAGGGUCUGCCAACACCGGCUCUGCCAACAUCGGCUCUGAUAAUACCGGUUCCGCAAACAUUGGAUCUAGUAACUCAGGAACUGCCAACACCGGCUCUUCCAACACCGGCUCUGAUAAUACCGGCUCUUCCAACACUGGAUCUGGCAACUCAGGAACUGCCAACACCGGCUCUGAUAAUACCGGCUCUUCCAACACUGGAUCUGGCAACUCAGGAACUGCCAACACCGGCUCUUCCAACACCGGCUCUGAUAAUACCGGCUCUUCCAACACUGGAUCUGGCAACUCAGGAACUGCCAACACCGGCUCUUCCAAUUCAGGGUCUGCCAACACCGGCUCUGCAAACACCGGCUCUUCCAACACCGGCUCUUCCAACACCGGCUCUGAUAAUACCGGCUCUGCAAACACUGGAUCUGGCAACACCGGCUCUUCCAAUUCAGGGUCUGCCAACACCGGCUCUGCCAACAUCGGCUCUGAUAAUACCGGCUCUUCCAACACUGGAUCUGGCAAUUCAGGGACUGCUAACACCGGCUCUGGCAAUGCCGGCUCUGAUAAUAUCGGUACUGCUAAUUCAGGAACUGAUAACAUCGGCUCUAGUAAUACUGGAUCUGGCAACACUGGGUCCGGCAAUUCAGGGUCUGCUAAUACCGGUACCGGUAACACUGGAUCUGAUAAUUCGGGCACUGGAAACACUGGCACUGGAAAUGUGGGCACCAACAAUGUCGGUGAAGGGAAUGUCGGUUCUGGAAACAUUGGCGUUGGCAAUAUUGGCAGCGGCAACACAGGUUCUGGGAAUACAGGUACUGGGCUCACAGGCUCCGGAAAGACGGGAACAGAAAGUUCAAGUUCAGGAAGCUCUGGAUCGAAUGUCUCCACGACUGGAAGCUCGAGCGGUAACAGUCCAAACGCCUCAAACACUGGUAACGCGAACGGUACCAAUGAUCCUAGUGGUCAGGAUGAUGAUAGCGCAGAAAACCCCGAUGGGAGUGACACGUUACUGGCGUCAAGUGCAGGAAACGGCCCGAAUUCACAAGCGUCCUCAGACCCCUUAUCCGACGCCAGCGCGCUGAUUCUGUCCGCCACUGCAAUGACCACGAUACCUGGAAGCCUAACUACCACCAUCGUCAACCCGACGGUGACUAUCGAGAUUUCUCCGGACGCUGUUACAAUUGUGUCCACACGAAGAUCUGUCAUUGGUACUACAUCCACAGUCACUGGAACCCCUGCAACUUCUCUCAAAGUGUUCGACAUUGCGGAGAAGACCACCGCGGAAACAGCAAUAACUAUCGUUCACGUCACCGCCACUCGAGCAGCGGUUGAAGCAACCGCCACAUUGACCAAAACCAUUGCGAUCACGAACGUUCAGGCUCCCAUUUUGGCUGCGUCGCCGACUGGCCCGGCAGUGACCACGGUGGUGGGGAAUGCAACUUUCACCCACGUACUAGCGCCGACAACCGUGACUGUAAAUAUUACAGUAGCACGAACUCAAUGGUCUACCGCAACUAUGAGUUGCACGCCGAAGCAGCAUAAGCGUGGAGUGCACCAGCCUCGGUCUUUCAUAACUCGACGAUCUGCCAACACUCGCUCUACCAUUACCAAAUACGUGGCAACUUCAACGGUUAGUGUGCCAAAUGCGGUUCAGACUAUCACUAGUCCGAUUACCAAGACGCAGACUCUCGAGGCAAAAACCAUCACCGUCUUUGUAACCUCGACGAUGACAAAUGUCGUCAUUACGACCGUGCCUAAUGGUACCAUCACGUUCACUAGCACAAGAACUGCUAGUGAACAGGGUAGCAAAUCAGGUCCCGUCCCUCUGGAAGUCGCUACAAAGACAAUCGAGGUCACUGCAGCACCGACGACAUUCACUACCACCGUCACCAAGACUAUCUCUACAGGCUCACAACCCACGUCAUAUAUGUCGACAGUACAGAUGGUGACGUCGACACGGACUCCCUCAGUCACAGUCACCUCACAAGAGACCAUUGUAUCUACUCGAUCUGUUACAGUGAUAUCAACCGGUGUCGUAACGCAGGUGGCAGCCAACGCCCCCAUCUGCACUUUUUGA